UAGUCGAAUAAGUUUGAGGAUGUAAAUAGUCGUUUAUAAGUUUAUUGGAAUCGGAACGACACACUCCAAGUUUAGAGAUGGACAAUGAACUUUACUCAAAAAAAAAAAGAGAAAAAAGGGGCGAGUGAUGGGGCAGUUUCCCCAUUUUCUCCACAGGAGCGGCCGUCCAGGUCCAGUCCAGAUUCGCUCCGACUCGCCAUCCGCAUCAGCUGCCAAAUUUCCCCACCUCGCCGACUGUCACAACAGCAAUGGCGACUCCACCAUCACCGAUCAUCCGCUGCCUCCUCCUCCUCCUCGUCGCCUUCCCCUCUCACCCGCGGGCUACGGCUGCCGAGGGGCCUGCGCCGCUGUCCUCCUCCCCGUUCGACGCCGCGUUGGCGAAGCUCCAGGCGCGGAUCGGCUACGCCUUCCGCGCGCCGGACCUCCUCCGCCGGGCCAUGACCCACGCCUCCUACUCCCGCGAGAACGGCCGCGCGCUCGCCGUCCUGGGCCUCACCGCCGCCCAGUCCGCCGCGGCGCUCGGCGCCCUCACCGCCGACAACGACGCCGCGGCCUCCGCAGUGUCGCGCCGCGCCAGCGAGGCGGCCUCCGAGACCGCUUGCGCCGCUGCGGGGACGCACGUCGGGAUCCCGGCCAUCGUGCGCGUCGCUAGCCGCACCAGCGCGUCCGCGGCACCCGUCGUCUGCGGCGCGCUUCGGGCGCUCAUCGGCGCCGUCGCCGUCGACGCAAAUAGCACGGACGCCGCCGUGGAGGUGUUCUGGAGGCUGCACGUGCUCACAGCUGCUGCUGCCGCCGCCGCCAUGUGAGGUGGCCGGGAUUAUCUUCCAGCAGCAGGCAGCAGCUACCUUCUAGUAAUCUACGAGUAUUACUGGACUAGUGUGGAUGGAUUUGCACCUUCAUCAGUGUUCUACUAGCACGUUUCUGUUGUGUUUUUAGUUUAGUGAUUGCUCCUCAACUCUCCUCUUAUUAUUAUGAUGUUCAACUGCUACUUACUAGGCUCUACUACAUCUACUGGUAGUAUGCUAUGCUCCAACCAGGAAGCAGAAAUGUCCAUUUGGAUUUCUGGCUGCAACAAAAUGUCACCAAAUAUGCUGUACAAAUAUUCUGUCGCCAGAAACUAUGAGCAAUUGAGUAACAAUCAAUGUCACACUCAA